CUCCUCCUCGCGGGGGCUACGUGGCCAUGAGUGUGCUCAAGGGGAACUUGAAAACUUCGCUGCGUAUAUCCAGCGCAUUUUAGCGAGCGGACGCUACGUCGGAGGAGGGGUGGCCAGUCCAAAACGGUCCUCGAAGGAGCGGAUUCUCCACAGCAUUGAUUUCCGGACAACAUGGAUGAUUUGGAUGCUUUGUUGGCGGACCUUGAGACCACGACAUCCCACAUUUCAAAACGUCCACUUUUCUUGUCUGAUGAGACAGCCUAUGCUCUCCCUGUUGGGGGUGAGACACAGCAAGAUAUCUGCUUUUCACCCCAAGGCCCACCCAUUCCCUCUGAGAAAACCCUCAAUGGAUUACAGGACACAGACCCAAAUAUUCCUUCACUAGAUCGCAGCAGUCCACCUCAACCUGCCGGAGAAGAGGACCAUGUAUACAGUUUCCCUAAUAAGCAGAAGACCAGUGAAUCUUCACCUGGCAUGAACCAGUCCUUUGGCAGCAACCUGUCAGAGUUGGACCGCCUGUUGCUGGAACUCAACACUGUCCAGCAAAGCACCCCGGCCUUCCCAACUGAAGAAGAGGCAGCCCCACCUCUACCUGCCAGCAUUGUGGUCCACAGUAUUCAGGAGAAUGGAGUGUCCGUUUCAUCCCUGGUCUCACCACCUGUGUUGGAGAAGCCCAAACGCAGUGCUGCGGUGCGAGGAAUAGAAGACGUACGACCAAGUGUGGAGAGCCUUCUGGAUGAGCUGGAGAGCUCUGUGCCCUCGCCUAUUCCUACUUCCUUGGUGGUGUCUGAUGGGCAGCUUGAUGGACAAGAGGAAACACAAGCACAGCAACAAGCAAGAAUGUCUGCGUCCUCUGCCACACGAGAGCUAGAUGAACUGAUGGCCUCCUUGUCAGACUUCAAAGUCCAAAGCAAUAUCCAGUCACAGGGAAAGACGUCUCCCACUGGACCACCCAAGCCAGCAAAUAAACUGGACAACAUGCUGGGGAGCCUGCAAUCAGACCUGAACAGACUGGGGGUCCAAACUGUGGCGAAGGGUGUCUGUGGUGCCUGCAAGAAACCCAUUGUUGGACAGGUGGUGACUGCCAUGGGAAGAACGUGGCACCCUGAGCACUUUGUGUGCACACACUGCCAGGACGAGAUUGGCUCCAGGAACUUCUUUGAGCGUGAGGGACAACCUUACUGCGAGAAAGACUAUCACAGCCUCUUCUCACCACGAUGCCACUACUGUAAUGGACCCAUACUGGAUAAAGUGGUGACUGCUUUGGACAAGACUUGGCAUCCCGAGCACUUCUUCUGUGCCCAGUGUGGAGCCUUCUUUGGACCAGAAGGGUUUCAUGAAAAGGAUGGAAAGGCGUUCUGCAGGAAGGACUACUUUGACAUGUUUGCUCCGAAGUGUGGAGGCUGUGCACGGGCUAUUCUGGACAACUACAUCUCUGCACUCAACUCACUUUGGCACCCUGAAUGCUUUGUUUGCAGGGAAUGUUUCACGCCGUUCAUAAAUGGCAGCUUCUUCGACCACGAGGGUCAGCCGUAUUGUGAGGCGCACUACCACGAGCGGCGUGGCUCGCUGUGCUCAGGCUGCCAGAAGGCCAUCACGGGGCGCUGCAUCACAGCAAUGGGCAAGAAAUUUCACCCGGAACACUUUGUGUGCGCUUUCUGCCUCAAGCAGCUCAACAAGGGCACCUUUAAGGAGCAGAAUGACAAGCCAUACUGCCACGGUUGCUUUAUUAAACUCUUCAGCUAGACUGUACACCUUUCCUUGCUCUUCUAAAUGCACACAAUGGGUGUUUUUGUACCACAUGCAUGAGUCUGAGACAGGGUGGGUCACAUCAUUACAGAUUCAUGUUUGUGACUUUUGACACUGAAGUGAUUUUCUUGCCUAUCCAAUUUCUCAGGCUUUUGCUACAGGUGUUUUAUCAGCCCAAAGAGAUUUUUGUUUCGGGUUUUAAUCCUGUGUCAAGCAACAAAAUAAUACAAAUCUCCCCUUGUGUUUGUAUAAACACAAAUGCAUAUGAGGUUGUUUUCUUUUUUCUUUUUUGGGACAAUGUAACUCCAAUUUCCUGUACAAAAGGUUGGAUUACCUCAGUGCAGGACAAAAUUUAAGUCACAUUGUCCACCUGUGUCAAAAUAGUCUUUUGAAGAAGCAUGGCGCGUGGAGAGCAGUUAGGACACUUGUAUGGCCAAUUGGUUUUAACAAUCUGAACAAACCUCCAAACCAGUUAUCUUUGCACUCUCCAAACACAGAUCUCUUGAUGAGACUGUCAUAUGGUGAAUUUUACAAUUUGUCGCUUUUAUUUUUCUACUCUCCAAUUACAUCUAAGAAAAGGAUCAGAUGUUUAGUCGCUUCAGGUGCUUAGGUAGGUAGCUUACUCAAAGUGUAAUCUGUGUUUGUUGGCUAAUUACUGGUGGCUCUUAAAUUAGUAGUUUAAUGCCAGAGGGAAUAACCAUAUCAACCCUCAUUUUCUUUUUAUUCUGCCAUUCACUUAGAAAUAGGCACACUUACUGAUGUUAACUUUUGGGUGCCAUUUAAAAAAAAAAAAAAAAAAAGUUUAAAGAAAUGCAGAUAUUUCACAUCUGUAUUCAUGCACAAUUUAUAAAAUUACAAUUAUUGUCACUACAAAUAAUGCAUCUGUUCAGUUUUAAUUUUUACAAUUGUGAAUUUAUCACCAUUUAAUACAAAAAGACUGGUUUAUGCUGUCGUUUUAAAAGCACUAAAAAACAGCUGUCAAAAUCUGAAUCCACAGUAAAUCCAUGUAAUACUCUUGACCGUGUAACAGAACUGUGUUUUGUCACUGUUUAGAAGACAAUAUAUAUUUGUAAUUUGCAUUGCAAUGGAGAGAGCUGGCUCUACUGACAUGCAGGCUGAUGGUAGUCCAGCCUGUUCUCUGCCAUGUACAUACAAACACACCUUUACCAGCUGGUGGUUAAAAAAAAAACAGUGCGCAAUAUUUUUUUACCACAAAACUCAAAUCUAUGAUGUUGUUACAAGUGCCAAAUGGGUAGCAGGUUGUAGUGGGCUACAUGUAUUUAAUCACACCGUGUUUGACUAAGAUUCUCCGUGCACAUUGCUUAUUUUUCAUCACUGAGUGGGCAAAGUGUUUAAUAUACAUUUAUGGUUGUAAGGUGGAGGAUGCAAUGUGCCAAAUGUGACAAUGCAAUAAGGUCUUAUACACUGUGGUCUUUCCUGUGAUUUGAGCCUUUGUGGUCUGAAUUCAGGGAGACUUGUCUGCUGUGCUGUAGCUACUUUCUAAAUGUGCACAAGUACACUGUAGUAGAUGAGCAGAAGAAGAAAACAGGAAAGCCACUUGUUGAGCAUUGGAGCUGACAGUUACUGUACACAUCCUGCUGAUUUUGACUUUGCAUAUUGCACGUUCAGUUAGACUGCUUGCCUACAAAUAUUGACAGAAAUUGAUUUUUAUUCUCCAUGUAAUCUUAGUUACCUCUUCGUUUCUACCUGUCAAUGAAGAUGAACCUUCUACUUUUAGUGAAAUACGUUAUAGUAAAUUUUGUGAUCCUUAAGCAUUUUAUUUUUAAGAGUUUUGGCUUGCUUGGGUGCUAUGUAAACUUGUGAUGGGGCUGAUUACAGAUUAAUGAAUCCAACCAAUGCAAAUAAAAUAAGAUCUGGA